UUUCAUACAUAAUUAUACAUUCUAACUAUGUACCCCACGAGUCAAUUGUAAAUUGCCACCAAAGAAUGUAAGUAGUACUCGACAAUAUUCAUUGGGCCGGUGGCAAUGAAUGUUUCUCUAGCCGAGGGUUCAACGGUUCAACGGUUGAACCACCGUUGAAACCAACACAGCCAUGAAAAGUUCAAACAAACUCGACAACUUUUCCAUCCUACUCUGCCCAUUAGAUAGAAUAACAUCGAAUCACUCCGAAUAGCCAAAUCUCAUGAAUACGACGUGGUUGGUAAUCCAACGGACAUAGCCAGCGGACAUAACUUCAUUUGUAAGCACAACCGCCAAGACCAAAGAGCAAGUCAAGAUGGCAUCAACCGUGAUAUUUUGUUUGUUGUAUAUGGAAUCAAGAAGAGAAUCCGACAGUGUAAUGAUCCAUUCACAUUGAAACACAUACAGUUCCUUGAUUGUCGCACGUCAGUAAAGACCACAGAACAAAUAGACGCGAAGCAGCAAAGCGCGACCUCCAACAUGGCCAAGGUCGGCAUCUUCCCCGCGGCAGGCGGCUUGGGAACCAGCGUCAUCAACCACCUCGUCAAACUCGUCCCCGCCGACCAACUCGUCCUCAUCGCCCGCAAGCCCGACUCUCUGGCGGAAUUGAGUCGUCUCGGUGCGACCGUGCGACGCGCAGACUAUGAGGAUCCCUCGUCGCUGGAACGCGUGUUCGAUGGGGUGGACGUGUUGAUGCUGAUUUCGUAUGCGUCGUUUGAGAUCCAGUAUCGCGUGGAGGCCCAUCGCAAUGCCAUCGACUGCGCGCGCCGCAGCGGUGUCAAACAUAUCUUCUACUCGUCGCUCGCGUUUGCGGGAGAUCUCACCGACUCCAGCGUGGCACACGUGAUGGGCGCCCAUCUACGAACCGAGCAAUACUUGGCCGAUCUCCAAGCGCAGAGCGACAUCACCUACACGGCGAUCCGGGAAGGGCUUUACUCGGAGUCGUUCCCGAUCUACACGGCCUGGUUUGAUCUGGCGCAUCCCGUGGAGGAGGUUACGAUCCCGCACGCUGGGACCCCGCCGGGGGUCACGUGGGCCAAACGCGACGAACUCGGUGAAGCCACCGCCAACUUGAUCGCCUCCUACGUGCAGGAUCCGCGCUCCUUCCCGUAUGUCAAUCGGCUGGUGUUGCUCUCGGGGCCGCGCGAAUAUUCGCUGCAGGAGACCGUCGAGAUCCUCGGUCGAGCCGUCGGGCGGACGGUUCGCAUUCGCGAGAUCUCACUAGACGAGUAUGCGGCGUUGUCGACGCAUGGCACGAAGCACACCUAUCAUGGGAUUAACCUGGCGAGGGAGUGGGCGACGGCGUGGGAUGCGAUCCGACGGGGGGAGACAGCGGUGGUGACACCGCUGUUGAGGGAGAUCUUGGGACGCGAGCCGGAGGACUACGAGACCACGAUUCGGGCCUUGGCCCGGGAGGUGAGGACACAGGAAGUUAAUUAGGGCUGAUUUGACGGAGUCCGGGUUACUGACUAAGAGGGGGGUUGGGUGAUGGUUAUAGAUAGUACCGGGUCAUGUGACCACCG